UUGUUCGUUCGUAAUAAUAAAGGAAAUUUACAGCGUAUGCACAGCUGUCGAUAACGAUCUGUCCUUUAUUUGCAGUUGGACUGCUCGCGUUGAAGCUGUCGUUCUAUUUUAUAAUGUCAAACGGCUUGUUUCACCAAAGCUGCAAUUAUUCUCAACAUUUGAAACCCGGGAGCACCUAUUAUGUGUACAAUUCUGACUAUCCCGACGUCUCCAACGGUCGACAGCACUGCAAGUGGAUCGCGAAAAGUGAUUACCGCGUUAGAUUGACGUGCAACAAUUUCAACAUACCAUGGAACCUUAGAUGCGCCUUAGAUAAACUAACCGUGUAUGUGAACGACUCCGUGUCUUAUUCUUAUUGCGGCAACGAGACAUUUAGCGUAGAAUCGACAGGAGAAUUAAUGACCAUUGAAUUAUCAAUCUCCCUCUGGUCGUCGGGAGUUAAGUUCCUGUGCGAGUUACAAGCGCUCGACGAAAUAGGGAAUGACGAUUGCAGAUGCGGAUGGAAAAAGCCGACGAAGAUAGUAGGAGGCAUGGAAACUGGCGUGAACGAGUACCCCAUGAUGGCUGGCCUCGUCGAUCCUUUUCAGCGAGACGUAUUCUGCGGGGCGACUAUUAUCUCCGAAAGACACGUAAUAACCGCCGCGCAUUGUUUGACCGAUAGAAACCCAAAUAAUAUUGGCGUACUUGUGGGAGAUCACGAUCUCAGCACAGGUGCAGAUACAAAUGCCUCGCGCCUCUACACUGUUUCCAGAUUUUACGUGCACCCUGUUUAUAAUAGCGUAUCCUUGGAAAAUGACAUAGCUAUAGUAAUGGUGAAUUCCGUUAUAAGUUUCAGCGAAGAGAUUGAACCGGUUUGUCUUCCGUUUCAACAUCAGUACGACUCUUUUGCAGGAAGUUACGUGGAAUUGUUGGGUUGGGGAACGACACAGUUCGGAGGAACAAAGUCUACAACUUUACAGAAGGUUACGUUAACCGUGAUUACGAAUCGGGAUUGUCGUCGAGAGUAUCCGAAUGUUUCAUACAGUCAACUGUGCACUUACGGGAGAGGAAAAGACGCGUGUCAGUUCGACAGCGGUGGUCCCGAUCUUUGGCAGAAUCCCACGACGAAGCGAGAGGUUCUCGUGGGUAUCAUCAGUUCCGGGUUCGGUUGCGGCAAUGAUGAGCCAGGAAUCAACACGCGUGUCGGUACAUACAUAGAUUGGAUCUUAGCUGUAACGCCGGGUACCCAAUACUGCAUGCCCGAAUAAGAAGCGUGCAUGUAAACGGAAAUGUAUAAAGAUUUGCUUACAAUUUAUUAUCUUAGAUAUUCUUCCAAUUUACCGCGGGUUAUUUAUACGUGAUGCAUUUUUAAGAUUGUCAUUUCUCAUCUGAUUAUUUAUGUAAUUUUUAUGUAAUUUCGAAGUUACGCCAAUUAAUACAAUGCUUUUGGCUCACGUAAUAUUUGGCAUACGCAAUAUUAAUUUACGGACCGAAAUGUAUAUUCUUGAUUUAUCCUCAACGUGGUACAUCAAAAUGCACUUCAUCUGCUUUUAAAAUGCUAUAAUCAAUAUCAAUUUGAAUUACACAGUUAAUAAUUAAUAACAGACUGCAGAUGCAUGUCAAAUAGCUUCGAGCGAAUAUUUGUAACAAUAUAUUUUUACAUGUGUGCACCGCAUUAGUACGUGCUGGUAUAAACGAUGUUCCGAAAUAAUUGGAUUUGCUUAUUCAUUGGAAAGAGUUACGGGACGUAAAUUGCGCACGACGGUUCCAACACAUCAUUAUUUCACCCGAUAUACGUGUGCACGCUUACGAGAACUUUGAUUGUCCUUAAUAGGGAUUUCCAUGGUGUAGAAGGAUCAACAUUGACGACUCGUAAACAAUGUCUCAUUAUUAAUAAAUUCCUGAAUGAGGAUGUGACGUGAAACCGUCUAUGGGAGGGAAUGGUCUAUGGUAAACGUCCACUUACACCGACCAAUGUAGUAUCACAUUAGCUUACUUGCCAUGGCGCAAUGUGUACCGAAGAUUUAUAUCAUGCUCUUACUGCGAGGGGGGUACAGAAAUAAAAUAUGCAACAUGAAUAAAGACAGUACGAUACUCUGAUAAAAUUGCAGACUGCAAGAAGUGAUCGACUGACGAAGAAGUUUUUGCCACAGAAAUCGAUUCUCCUAAACUGUUGUGUUGUUUUAUCUCACUCCUGCUUGUGUCGAUCGAUCUCUCUCGCAAGGUCGUAUCUCGAUUUUAUGCAAUUUUUCGGUUUUUGUGCUCGAACGCUCAUUCUCGACCAGAAAUUGCAUAAAAUCGAGAUACGACCUUACGAGAGAGAUCAGUCGAUAUACCAAAAAUGAAUAAUAUUUAUAUUUUUCAUACGUUCACAAAAAUAUAUUCUGUCGUGCCGUUAUAACGAGUAUUCUCGCGGAACAAAUCUUUUACGAGCGCGUAUCAGUAAUAAUAGUUUCGUGAUUGCGGCAUACAUUUAUUAAACAAAUUGAUUUCUUCGAUAUGCAUCGCGGUAAUGCAUCCUUGACAUAGUUGUUGACCCAAUGAUAGUACGCAAAUAGAUAUAUUCUUCUCAUUGUGACAGAACUCUAAUAUGAAAAACUGUUCGCGAGAAAAUACGCUUUUCCUAAGGGAGAUUGAAAUAUUUUACAUUACCAGAGAUAUUAUUGACAAACCCAAUUGUAUUUUGGAAAAACCAGAUGGUCUAGUUGCUUCUAUUUCAUACAUCCUUGCAAACUUGACAGAUUAAAAAUGUUCUCAACUAAUGAUAUUCUCUCUCUUUCUCUUUCUUUGUAAAAAAAUUAAAAAUUAAAAUGUAACGUUCAAUGUCAAGAAUCGAAUAUUUCAUCGUGAGAACUUGGUGAACUAGGCCCGUUACCGGUUCACGGCUUGUAUAAUCCUCGUUUAUUCCUGAGGGACACGGUACCAUUCAGAAUAAUAAUACAAAAAUACCUUACACCGAGGCGCAGAAAGAAAUUGAAUGACCAUUGUGAGGACGGGCUUGUAUAACCACUUUAGUAUGCGAUGCUAGAUGAAUGGUAAAGGUACGAGCGUAGGUACCUACGUCCUUAUUUUACGCGCGAAGGAUGUGCGCGGCGAAAGAUGAUCUGCUCGCCGUGAAUUCUUCCUUUCGAGUUUCAAUUUCUGCAGCGGUAAAAAAUAAAGCUGGGCUCUCUCGUAAACAGGAAGAAAAAUCAUAAUCAAAUCCUGUGCGUCAUUCGCGACCACCAUCGUUCGGUCGCCCAUCGCAUUUAGCACGGUGCAUUGAACAGCAAGGACACGUAUUGCUCAUUACGUGCACGCGUCGUUAUGUAUUGUAUAACAUUGUUUCGAACUGUCUUUAUUCCUACAUUUGAAUUAUUUACAACGAACGCAUGUUCAUGGAGUGUAUAUAAUAUAUUUGGAAACAUGAAAGUAAAUUACGCAGCGUCACUAAUACGAAUUUUACAAAUUAAGGAAGGAAUUUUACAAUGAAGGAGACUAAAGAUACAAACGUCCGUAUGUACUAUUGUAUUGUAUUACCGUCGGUAUUGUAUUCAAUACGGACUGCGUCUCAUUAUUUUAUUUAUCUUAAGAAUUUAUAUCCUUUGUAAUCUUAUUGUUAGUAAAAUAUACAUUACUAAAAAUAUUUUUCUGCUGUAUGUCUGUACGACGUAUUGUAACGUAUACAUGUUAAUGCAUAACGUAUUGUACUGUGUACGUAAUAGAUAGCAAGCUGACGAGACUCGCAUUUUUCAUUAUGUUUCACCGUUAAUAUUUUAGCCGUCCGAACUGAUUUGUAGGCGGAAAAUUACUUCCAAGGUUUACGCGAUAUUAUGCAAGCACCGCUCGCGACAUUGGUGCGCCAUAAUCAGCGCAUGUGUCGCGGCGAAAAGAAAGAUAGGCGGUAUAUCGGAUUUCCAGACGGCUCAGCGUUCAAUGCACGAAGUAGCACAACUUGUAAGCGGAUUUUCUGGAAUGCCAUCUGAAAUACUUCGUUAAACAUUUUGCGUUUUUUUUUUCUACUCAAAGUUUCAGCGUGCAUACGUGAAGAUCCAAGUUUACUCGGCGCGGGUCACCAAAAGCGGAACGUCGCGACGGUCAUUACUGGUUGUACAACUGACACGGUUAUGAGUAUAUCCAAUAAUGUUGUUCGAUGCAAAUGAGGUAAACGGUGAUACACGGAUAGCGAAGAACUCGAGAACAAGGUCAAAAGGUUACGCGACCGCUUACGUAACUCGACGAGGCUACUAACUGACCCGCCUCUAUGUACCUGUGCAUAUAGCAGGUACGGACAGAUCCCGGCGAAACGUUUUGUCUCCUAGAGAUAGUACAGUAACUAUAGCGCCGAAUGACGUCAUGGUGUGAUCGGGAUGGCCUUUAGUUACCGACGUCAUGAGCUUGCCAAGAAUCUGAGAAAUUUUGCCAAGAGAUAAUAGGAGCCAACGUGUCCUUUUAAUGAUAAGGUAUGAAACACAUAUAAAAACUGUUACAAUAAAUGUGUGGAAGUAAAAAAGGGAAAAGCUGGAUUAAUUUUGUUCUCAAUCUCGCUUUCGAUUCGUCUCGAGAUAUUUAGGGUGAACUUGAGUUCGCCAGAGAUUUUUGCUAAACGAUUACCUCAGCGAAAAUUGCUUUUUCUUUUCGAAGGGGAUGAAGUGGUUUGGACGAGGCUUAAGAUGCUCUCGGACGCCCGGAAGGCCUAGUUACGAGGAUGCUGCGGAGACUUUUCGAUCGAAGCGGUUACGAGGGAAAACGACGACGCGUGGGAAGCUGCGCGGCCGCCGAAUGUGUCUCCGCUACCCCGUUAAUGGAACAACAAUCCGAUCGAUGGCGCCAGUUCGUCGGUUUGAACUACCCUUGCCACCCCAGAAGAGGCCCGCGAAGUUCAAACGAGCCGAGGCGCACGUCACUGAAACGUAAGCGAGGAGGGA